AAACACUGUAAACUGAGCGGUGAAUACAGAUAUAGUUGUAUUUAACGCUGAUAGCUGUGCGUUUGAGUGAAGGUCUAAAUGUAUAAUGUUAUAAGUUACUGUUUACUGUUUUUUUAUUACUGUUGAUGAGGAACAUUGAGCUGAUAAAGCACUAAUACUGUAAAAGGCGUGGUGAUGUGCAGUAGCACGGUUUGACCAGCAGAGGGACAGACCUGCAGCGCUUUAGAGGGGCGUGUUUAUUAGCUCUACCAGAGACUUUAUAAAGUCAUAUCCACCUUGUUUUUCUCCUCAGUGCUGUAUUUUGAGAUUAUGGCCGAAAUAUCUGGUUGUGGAAGUGAAGUUCAUUACAGUGAAUGAGGUUUUAGGGUGGGUGGAUAUUUAAUUUCACUGUUGGGGGGCAGUAAACAGAAAACAUUCUCAAGAGCAGUUCCAGAAGAAGACACCAAAGGUGCCGCCAAAAGUACUGUUGUAUUAAAUGAAUAUAGAGGGAAUGCUUAUUACUGCUGUAUAUACUGGAUAAUUGAUAGGCAAAUUACUUAAGGGUUGUAGCAGUGUGUUCAAAUGAUUUAAAUAAUCAUAUUAAUAGUAAUAAAGGUGGCAAAGUUGCACCUUAUAUGGGUGUAGUUUUCCUAACUACAGUGAGUGUGGUGUGAUCUCAUCUAACAGAAUCUCCAUUGAGAACCACCAUGAUGAUGAAUUUUCCUUUUAAUCAUAUUUUUCUGACACAUUUGCGUAGUUCUUAAAUAUGUGUUACUGGUCUAAUCUCUGAGUCGAUACAGUAGCUUCACAAGAGCAUAAAGCUCAAAAUAAGCACAGAUCUAAAAGCAGAAUAAAUAUUUCAGUGAAUAAACAACUAAAUCAAACACAAUAUUAAGAGAGAAUGAAUGAUUCUCAUAAGAGAGAAAAAAUCCUGUCAACAAGCCGUAUUGGAGACAGCAUGUCUCAUGUUUAAACUGAGGUCUGCUGGGGGAAGGAUGAUUCUUCCACCUAACCACUAGAUGGCGAUAUUGAUCAAGGGAUCGGGUGAUGAAUAGAAACAGAACUGAAAGUAACUUUAAGCUGACGCCCUCAGUGAAGAGGAGCUGUUUACAGGUUUCACCGCUCUGGAUUUCACACAGACUGGAGAUCCUGAUAAAGACGGAGCUGAACUUUUCUAACUGAAGACUCUGAAAGACUCUGAACUCUGACCUCAGAAACAGGGAUGAAGUUCCUCUUUGUGAUGCUUCUUAUUUUCUCUGACUUUUUGGAGUCUACGUCAGAGAACUUUAAGGUAGUUGCUCCAGCUGCUCCUCUUGUUGCUGAUGCUGGUGAAGACCUUGUUCUGCCCUGUUCUAUCAAACCGAGCAUCAGUGCUGAGGAUAUGAGAGUAGAGUGGUUUAGACUGCAUCAGACAGACAAUAUAGUGCAUGUGUAUGAUGGUUAUGAAGACAGAAAUGAUGAUCAGAUGGAAUCUUACAGAGGGAGAACGGCUUUAUUUAAAGAAGAGCUGCGGAAAGGAAACACCUCACUGAAACUCUCAGCGUUACGACUUUCUGAUGAGGGAGCUUAUAAAUGUUACAUUGAAUCUGUCUUCUUGAAUGAUGACGUGACUGUUUAUGUUGAAGUUAAAGGAAAAGGUUUUCAUGCUUGGAAGAUUGCCAUCAUCUGCAUUUCAGUUUUUGCCAUUACAUUAAUUGCCUUUACAGGUUACAUCUUGAAAGAUAAAUUCUCAAAAAAGAAACUUUCUCCUAAACAAUGCUCAGUCAUAACCUACAUGCGUCUCCAGUCAGAGAAUGUGAAGAAAGAGUUGGACCUCAAGAAAUUCAACACAUCAGAGGAGGGAUACAGUAGACUCAUCCCAGCUAUCACAAACUGCAGAAAGGCUCAAUUUGCUGGCUGUAACCUCACUGCACAGUCCCUUGAAACUUUGAAUACAGCUCUACAAACAGAAAACUGUUCCUUGAAAGAGCUGGACCUCAGUAAAAACGACCUACAAGAUUCAGGAGUGGAGAAGCUCUCUGCUGGACUGAGGAGUUCACACUGUAAACUGGAGAUACUCAGACUUGCUAUGUGUAAACUCAGUCAACAGUCCUGUAACAUACUGCAGUCAGUUUUACAAACUGAAACCUCCUCACUGAAAGAACUGGACCUCAGUAACAACGACCUGCAGGAUUCAGGAGUGGAGAGGCUCUCUGCUGGACUGAAGAGUUCACACUGUAAACUGGAGAAACUCAGACUAGCUUUGUGUAAUCUUGGGAAAUAUACAUGUUACACUCUGGGAUCAACACUGCAAGCAGAAACCUGGUCCCUGAAAGAGCUGGACCUCAGUAAGAAUAAUCUACAAGAUUCAGGAAUGGAGGACCUUUCCCAUGGACUGAAGAGUCAACUCUGUAAGCUGGAGAUACUCAGAUUAGCCAUGUGUAAUUUCACUCUGGAGUCUUGCAAAUCUCUCACAUCAGCCCUACAAACAAAAAUCUCCACCCUGAAAGAGCUCAACCUUAGUAACAAUGAGCUGCAGGAUUCAGUAGUGGAGCUGCUCUCUGCUGGACUGAAGACUGGAGACUGUAAACUGGAGAUACUCAGACUAGCUUUGUGUAAUCUUGGAGAAAAGACGUUUGAAAAUCUUGGAUCACUUUUAAAACAGGAAAACUCCGCCCUGAAAGAGCUGGAUCUCAGUAAUAAUGACCUGCAGGAUUCAGGAAUGGAUCUGUUAUCUGAUGGACUGAAGAGUUCACACUGUAAACUGGAAAUACUCAGAUUAUCUGGUUGUAUGAUCACAGAGAAAGGCUGUUCCUCUCUGGCUUCAGCUUUGAGUUCAAACUCCUCACACCUGAAAGAACUGGAUCUGACCUACAACCACCCAGAAGAAUCAGGAGUGAAGCUGCUCUCUGCUAGACUGGAGGAUCCACAGUGCUCACUGAGCACACUCGGAGUGGAACAUGGAGGUGAGAACAGAAUCAAAGCAGGAUUGAAGAAAUAUUCCUGUGAGGUCACUCUGGAUCCAAACACAGCGCACAGAGAACUCUCUCUGUCUGACGGGAACAGAAAGGUGCUGAAUGUGUGGGAGGAUCACUCGUAUCCUGAUCAUCCAGAGAGAUUUGAUGGGUGGGAGCAGGUUCUGUGUAGAGAGAGUCUGACUGGACGCUGUUACUGGGAGGCUGAGUGGAGCGGAGGUUUUGAUAUAGCAGUAACAUAUAAAUCAAUCAGCAGGAAAGGAGGCAGUACUGACUGUGUGUUUGGACGGAAUGUAAAGUCCUGGAUUCUGAGCUGCUCUAAUAACAGUUACUCUGUCUGGCACAAUUAUAUCAGCACUGAACUCUCUGCUCGUCCCUCCAGCUCUGAGACAGUAGGAGUGUAUCUGGACUGUCCGGCCGGCUCUCUGUCCUUCUACAGCAUCUCCACUGAUAAACUGACCCAUCUACACACUUUCAACACCACAUUCACUGAACCGCUCUGCGCUGGGUUUAGAGUUUGGGAUUACGGCUCCUCAGUGUGUUUAAAAUAAAAUAACCUCCUGAGUGAAAAUCACACAACACACACACACACAGUAAACACACACACACACACAGAACACACACACACA